CCAAUUGUCUUCUUCCAUACGCGGAACCCCGGUUGAAGAGGGAAGUUCAGUUUGUUUUCAUCGAGUCACAAAUAGCUUUCCUUCUUCUCCGAAGUCAUAAAGAAUGAUUGGAUACAGUUGACAUCUGCUCCGUGGAGAUUUUAGUCUAACGGCUAUACGUCUCAUUUACAGCUCCUCAGUAAAUUUUCAUUGACCAGCAGCCAAAUGUCUGAGCAGCAGCCACUGAGCCAGCCCCUGCAAACUGAAGAGUCAUUGCUGAAUGACCAGGAGAUGCAGUUCUGGCUGGACAAAGCAGUGGCAUGGGGCCAGGCUGACAGUCCGGACACGCAGAAAGACACCUGCCUACAUAUGAGCAGACUCAGGGAUUUCCUCCAGCAGCUUCUCACACAAGUGAACAGCAUGAGCUCAACAACAGAAACCAUGAAGAGGCUGCCCUUCUUAGGCCAGCUUUUGGGUCGGCUGUGCUGGAAUCCUUAUGUCACCGUGUGUGAUACAAGCAGAGGGCUGCUGCUUGGGUGUCUUUGGGGACUGUACUCAGAGCAUCCAAGCAAUGCUGUGGAGAAAAAAGCCAACCAGUGGAUACGGAAAGUAUUGUGUCAGCUUUCCACAGAAGAAGAUGACACUGCAGCACAAGCGUUAAUGAAGUGUACGGGUGUACCAGCUAAAGAGUACCACCUUAAAGUCCUGAGAAAGAAGGUGGCGCUGCUGCAGGAAAACGUUGGACAAAGCUGCACAUUAUUUAACAGUCAGAGGUGUUCAUGUGACAGGAUUGUGGAUAUAUCAGAGGCAUGCAUCCCCAUUGUCACUUGUCCUGAGGCAUCUUCUCUCAUUAGCGUAUUGCUACAGCGGCCGGUGGCUUGUGUCACAGAAGUUCUCAGUGAAGACUUUCUGAAUGCUUUGACCUCUGCUUACUCAAGGCAGGGUUUGGCAUUGGAGGAGCAGGCCUUGGUAUCUCUGUGGUAUCACAGCUUCUCCAGCCUGGAAGAAGCAGUCCUCAGUCUGUUGCAGUCUGUUAUAACUACAGGGUUAACGCCACAGAAGCUAGAGCAACAAGUAGCACAGUCACUGCUGCUUAAAGCUUGUGCUCAGCACUGCUCAAUAUUCUUGGUUGUAAAUGACAUCUUUAGGUCCGUCCUUAAGCAAGCUGAAGGAAAUGAGUCUGUUAAGACUCUGGUCCAAACCUUUACCAAGUGUUUCCUGAGGGAACUGGCACUGCUGAAGCCUCAGACAAGCAUAUCUGUGAAAGCCUUCUUCCCACAGUCGCCUUCAAGUCUGCUGGUUCCCCUCUUGACGAUGCCAUCAGAGAUGCCUCAGGGGGCUUGGAGAAAUCACCUGAACUGGCUGAGCAGCUCAUUACAGAGACUGACAGAGGAGGAAGAGGAGGGAGACGGCAGAAGCACCAGGGGGCACCACAACGUGUUUGAGGCCUGGUUCCUGCUGGUUCAGUGUGCCCACUGGGUACAGGUGGCUGUCCAGCUGCUGGCCACAUCUGGGACUGAAGAUGGUGAUCCCUUCCUGUGGCUGUUGAUAUUCUACCACUACCCCACCAAGAGGUGGCACCACAGAGCUUCACGGCUGGCACAGGCCAAAGAAGCUUGGAACCACAUACGCACUCUUUUCUCAGGCGCAGCUCAUCCUCUUCCCAGCGACCGCCUGCAGUCACUGGACACGCUGGUUUCACCACAACCUGAGCAGCAAUCACUUGCUCCAUCAUUGACUGUCAGCCUUUUGGUUAAUGUUGCCGUUUUCUGCCAGCUACCACCAAGUGGCUCAGCAGAGGUUUUACAGGCGGUGGUGGAUCAGUCUGGUCUGCUUGAUGAAGCAGCAUGUGUUCUCAGCUCACUGGAGCUCAGACUAAACGAAGGAUGCUGUUUAUCAAGAGACACAGUUCAUCUAAGGAUCAAGGAACUUCAAAAGACGAUAACGCAAAUGCAUUCAGAGUGAGCAAUAGGCACACACGCACAAUUACAUACAAAAUUGUACAAAACCAUGCAACUGUGAGCUCAUCCCUGGGCUUUUAGCUCGUUUGCAGAAUAACAAAUAGCCAUGCUCUCUUGUUGAUAUACCGUGGAGCGGUGACAGGACUGUGUCAAAACAACGGAGCCAGGUCACAAUUAGACAUACGCACACAAAACACAACUGCCGAGGCCCGCAAGGACACUCGGCGUGACAGAACACGCUGCAUAGCAGCAGCAGCAGCUCGUGCGACGUGUCAGAGUCCUCCCACUCUCAUAAUUGCCUCACAAUAUAAAUCCUUCAUGCUACACAUGCCGACUGUAAGACGUAGGUUUGUGGGGAGGAAAGCCAAAUGCCAGUUAUCGUCGUGUAAUUACUGUUUCUGGCUUGAAAAACAUGCUCUAACAGUGCUGAGUGUAUGUUAAAUGUAAAUGAUUAAUGUCACUCAUGCAGAUAUUUCUGUAUGUACAUUUUAAAUAGCUUUAUUGUUUGUAAAGCUCAAGGUAUAGGUCACAUUUGAUUUAAAACUGGAAGCAAACGGUGCUUUUAGAUUACACUUAUUGUUACUACUAGCUGACUGCUGCUGGAGUUGGACAGAAUGUAAACAAAUACAUAUGCAUGUGCAUGUAUUUAUGCAAACUAUGCAUGUAUAGUUUGUAGAAGAAUUAAUUUUUGGCUUCUUUCAUUAUUCAAGAAAUAGUUUUUGUUGUAUGAUGCAUCAUUCAAAUGAAAAAUUAGAGUGAUUUCUGGAAUUUGUGUGCUUAAAAAUGCCAUUGAACCAUUAAGUAUUAGCAGAACAUUAGUGCUGCGCUGUUUUUUUGUUUUUGUUAUUUUUAUGCUCUGGAUUUGUGAAACAAAAGAUAUACAUCCUCAUAUUAAUCAAUUAAAUGCACUUGUUAUGA